AUGGGCGAGGUCGUCAACGUUAUUGUUGCGUUCGCCGUGAUCGUGUUCAUCUUCCGAUGGGCGACUUCAUCCGGUGGUGAGCCGUCACCAGAGGCAGCCGCUGCGCGCGCGCUGCGAUUUCGACCGAAGAAUGUGACGCCAGAGAUGACCGACACAAUCAGCGGCAUGUUCCCCGACAUCCCACGAGAAAACAUCCACUAUGAUCUCCUGCGCACCGGCUCCGUCGAGCUAACAUCCAACAAGAUCCUCGAGCGAGGCUUCCUGGACGCGCCCCCACCCGCCUACUUCACCCUCUACACCCGCUCGUCCACCGCCGCCGCCACCGCCACCGCCGCCGUCGCUGGGGCAGGAGCGCGCGCAACCGCCGCGACAGCCGCGUCGGCAAAGCGCAAGCCCGAAACGCUCAUCUCGCGCUUCCGCCUCGAGGACCGCGUCGCGGCCGAGCCCGACGCGAGCGCAGACGCGGCGCUCCCCGCGCCCGAGGAGGCCGGCGGGCGCGCGGUGUGGGAGGACUCGGCGGAGAAGCGCGAGGCGAGCCUGCGGGAGCGCAAGGCGCAGAUGGUGCUCGCCGCGCGGCAGCGGAUGCUCGCGCAGCAGCAGCAGCAGCAGAAAGCGGCGGCGAAGGCGUCGUGAUCGCGGCGUCUCGCUACGUUGAUCGCUGAUGACAAUCGAAGAAGUCCCUUUUUCUUUUCUCCGGGAUCACGCAUGUCUCCUCCGUUCUUGCUCCGAACCACUACUUGUGUGGAUAGCACCUAUCUAACACUGUUGUUCGUUUAUUUAUAAACCCGGAUAAUUGCC